AUGAACAAAUUACCAACUGCUGACGAAAUACUGAACAGUGUGGCCCCUACCAAGAGCAAGUCAGCAUAUGACAAGGCAUGGGAAAGCUUUUUGGUCUUUUGCGACAGCAACUUGACUCCGGGAACAGAAUGGGAUGAUGAGAACCAACCAAAAGAGGACAACUUCAUCAAGUACUUCUAUCAUCUCCGCACUGAGAAGGAGUUUAAGGCUUCCAGCUUGUGGACUACCUACAGCAGGCUCAAUAACUGCUUUCAGAGAAGAUAUGGAAAAAAGCUGCAGCAAUGGCCCAGGAUCACCUUGCUCCUGAAGCAGUACGAGCAUAAUUAUGAGAGAAAAGUGGCCAAGAUAUUCAGCCCUGAAGAGAUUAACAGGGCCAUACAACUGCAUUAUUCAACACCUGAUUGGAUCCUGAGAAAGUGUGCUGUGGUCCUAGCCUACUGUGGUGGCAUGAGGUGCAUUGAGCUCAAAUCUCUGACCUAUGAUGCAAUCUCCCGUGAUGAGGAAGGAGUUUGGGUGGCCUACAGGGCAGGAAAGCAGAAAGGGGAAGUCAAGAAAAAUAAGUUCCUGGUCCCUUACAACAAGACUGAGCCUUCAAUGUGUUUUGCCACCAGGGUGAUCCAAUACAUGGACCUUCUCACCAAGAGUUUGCCUGACAUCAAGGAUACAGAUGAGUUGUUCCACACCUGCACAAAAUCAGGAUAUGGAAAAGCGGUCAUGGGCAGGAACUAUAUUCACCAAAUUGGUCAGAAAGUGGCCGAAGAACUUCACCUGGAGAACCCAAAAACGUACACCGGACACUGCUUCAGAAGGACAGCAGCCACUGCAGCGGCAAAUGCUGGAGCUAACACCUUAAUGAUGAAGCGCCACUUUGAUUGGAAGCAGGAUGCCACCGCACUGAAGUAUUGUGACGAAACCAAAGACAGGGCGAGGAAAAUGGCAAAAUUGCUCACCGGAUCUGCAACGGCAACCAGCAGCAAAACUGAAAAUGGAGAAAUUUCAUCACAGGUUGUUGCCACUACAGUGACGAAAACAGGCUCCGGAAGUACAGUCACUAAAUGCAGCCACUCAAAAACGUGCACAGCGGUCGCAGAUGAUGGCAAAAAGGUUUUCAACAUCAAUUUGUCUGGUAAUAGCAAUAUUUCUCUUUAUUUCAACUAA